GAUUGAUGAGGGUAAUAUGGGGUUGCUGGGAUGUUAUAUACUUCCCAUGUGGCCAUUGCAUAGAAUCCAUCCGUUGUUGACAAAAAGGCUACGAAUUAAAGUCCGGGAGAAAGGCCGUAACUACGCGGUGAAGUUACUGCGAGCUGAACUCAAUAUAUCGUGUGGAUGGUCGACAUCCCGCUGUGCUAUCUCUCCUACAGCUCUUCCAUUGAUGGAUGUGGAUGAGUUGAAAGACCUCUAUCUGCUCUUUUUAUUAUCACGAAACCAUUAUCAGUCAUCCUUGUCUAAGUCACAUUCUUUCCUCCAUAGGAGAAUGGCGUUGAGGUAGCUUCAAAUAUGCAACAGAAGUUUGUUGGAGCAAGCGUCUCUGUGUUGAUUGUUUCGUUUCUUUGGUACCAUUUUCAUCUCCUCCCGCCCUUGUCUAGCAACUAUAGGAGAGAUACGUUCUACAUGGAGGAUGCCGCCGCCCUCAACUUCCUUGUAAAUGAUAUUGACGAAAUCUGCCUCGUCUGGUCAGCGUUAUGUCAACACCACACCUUUGGUGAUGAGCCGUGGGAAGAAACACUGUCGACACCUCAAGGGCUAUGGAAACUUGAUCCAUUCAACAUAGAUGUCUUCCGUUCAAUCUCCUUUUCUAGAGUGCGGGGAGUACCGGGAGUAUAUCCUAAUGUCCAUCAGCAAAGCCAGCAAAUCCAGCACAAAGAACAAAAGCGAAAACAACAUCCUCUCGAAGACGGCCUUACAAGCCUACCACGAUACCCCCAUAACGCCAACGACAAUGAUAAUGAGAAACUAAAUAAAGAUUUACCUGAAUCGCAUGGAGUGACCACCCUUCACUUUCCACCAGAAAUCGGACAUAUCCAUCAUCCUAUUUAUGCAUCAUACUGGCAACAGCAACGAGAGCAACCGUCCCUUAACAAAUCGAAUGACGGCAUUUCCUCAUCAAUUUAUCCGACGAGUCCCAAUGCCAUACCUUCCCGCCUUCUGAUACAGAAAGAUAUCACUCGACUUAACCUUCUCACAUUUCUUGUUAGAGGGGCAGAACGACAAACACCUCACCUCAAACAUACUUACCACCUGAGUUCAACUGUGGAUAAUUCCUCGGGCUCCCAAAUCUCGUCUUCCCUCCCCUCGUCAUCAUCAUCAUCAUCAUCGUCAUCUGCAACUUCUUCUCCAUCCUCUUCGUACCCCAUCUGUGCGACGCGGAGUAGAAUCUCGUCGUGUGAAAAGGAGAUACGGGGUAGUUUACUGGGGAUAGUUGUUUGUAUAGUGGUGAGUGUGUUGUGGAUUUAACCUUGAGAGGAAGGAGUAAGAGUGAAAACGUGUGUCUGGUCUGCACCAGUGGCGUAGAUGGUGUUCUAUAAGUUACGAUUUAUCCACACACUAUUGUGAUGAUGAAUGUCUGCGAUUUUUACCUUCAGUGUUUGUAAUUUCUUUCCCCCAUUUUUGGUAUUGUUUUUACCAGCAGCGACAUUUUUGUAUAUUUAGGAUGAUACGCCGGCAUCGCUAUUCUCGCGCAUAAGACUCGUACGUUAGUAUUUAACCUUUCUUCCUUUGUUUUCUUUCUUCUUAAGUCAUUCUAAUUGUAUUUGUUACGCUG